AUGGGAAACAGAAUCAACCGGGAGCCCAUCCAGUGAUAUCAACGUAGAGCCCACCCUGUUCCCAGUCUUCGUCUCAAUUAUCUUCCUCUAUAAAGUUUCCUCAAGCCAGUGGAGAAGAAGUUGAAGCAGUAACAAAGCGGCAGCUAGAGCUCAGUAACUUCCAUGGCUGAGAACGGUGAAGGGAACGCCGAUCAGUACGCCAAGGAUGGCUCAGUGGACCUCAGGGGCAACCCUGUGCUCAGAUCAAGAAGAGGUGGCUGGACUGCCUGCUCCUUUAUCGUAGUGUACGAGGUGUUCGAGAGAAUGGCGUACUAUGGGAUAUCGUCCAACCUGGUGAUAUAUUUGACGAACAGGCUACACGAGGGCACGGUGGAGGCGUCCAACAACGUCACCAAUUGGGUGGGCACUGUGUUUUUGACGCCGGUGAUCGGGGCCUACAUAGCCGACGCUUUUCUCGGCAGAUAUUGGACCUUCCUCAUCGCCUCCGCCGUCUAUCUCUCGGUAUACACGUACACACAUAUAUGUAAAUUUGGCAUGUGUUUGUUGACGCUGGCAGUGUCCGUCUCCCCGCUGAGACCAGCCGACUGCAAGGAGAAUUGCGAGCCAGCUUCGACAUUGCAGUUGUCUGUGUUCUUCGGAGGUCUCUACAUAAUUGCUCUAGCAAACGGUGGAACCAAGCCCAACAUCUCCACCAUCGGAGCUGAUCAGUUCGACGAGUUCGACUCCAAGGAGAGGAUGCACAAGCUCUCCUUCUUCAACUGGUGGACGUUCAGCAUCUUUACGGGCACAUUGUUUGCCAACACGUUUCUGGUCUACAUACAAGACAACGUGGGGUGGACUCUGGGCUAUGCAAUCCCAACUCUGGGUCUGAUGAUCUCCAUCAUCAUCUUUUUGGUCGGCACGCCUUACUAUAGGCACAGGGUGCCCCAGGGAAGUCCAUUCACGAGGAUGACUAGGGUCAUAGUGGCUGCCAUCAGGAAAUGGAAGGUUCCUGUUCCUAACGACCCGAAGGAGCUUCACGAGCUUGAUUUGGAAGUGUACGCAAAGAGGGGAAAUUUCCGAGUCGACUCCACCAAUUCGUUAAGGUUUCUCAACAAAGCAGCUGUGAAAGAUAGCCCAGGCACUCCGUCGAUGGUUUGCCCUGUGACGCAAGUGGAAGAAACUAAGCAAAUUCUGCGGCUGCUGCCGCUCCUGCUCGCCAUGUUCAUCCCCUGCGCCGUGAUCGCACAGACCAACACUCUCUUCGUCAAGCAAGGAACCACAUUGAACCGUCACAUCGGGCCACAGUUCCAGAUCCCCCCGGCUAGUUUGGGAGCAUUCGUAACCAUUUCCAUGCUCCUGUGUGUCAUCCUUUACGACCGUUUCUUAGUCAAGGUGAUGCGAGCUUGGACAAAAAAUCCAAGAGGGAUUACACUGCUCAAGAGGAUGGGAGUUGGACUAGUUUUGCAGAUCGUGACGAUGUCGAUUGCAUCACUGACAGAGAGAAGAAGGCUGAGCAUUGCGAGAAGCCAUGGGCUAGAUAAAGCAGCCGGGCAAGUUCCGGUUACCAUCUUUAUGUUACUCCCUCAGUUUGUGCUCAUGGGACUAGCAGAUGCUUUCAUGGUGGUGGGGAUCAUAGAGUUCUUUUAUGACCAAGCUCCAGAAAGCAUGAAAAGUCUGGGAACUUCCUACUCCUUGACAGCUUAUGGCGUUGGCAAUUUCCUCAGUAGCUUUCUCCUCAAACUUGUUGCUAAAAUAACUAGCAGCAGAGGAAAAGGUUGGAUAUUGAAUAAUCUUAAUGCCUCACAUCUGGACUACUACUACGCAUUCCUCACCCUCCUUAGUGUCCUCAACUUCAUCUACUUCUUGUAUGUGUCUAAUGUUUACUCCUACAAGUCAGAAAGGUGGGAGGAAAAAGUAGCAUUAGAUGAUCAGAAGGCAGAGAAUGGCUGAUAUACUUGUUCAAGAAUCGUCUACUGAAGCAAUAAACAAUUCGAAGACUGGAUCAUCAUAUCUGU